AUGAGAAGGAAGAGAAGCAAUGGUGGCCACAGCUCGCGCAGCAAUAGUAGAGGUCGAACCAAAACAACGGACCUGAUAGUCAAUAAUGAAAUUGAAGAGCCAUUUCCACAAGUGAGAGGGAAAUCCAAAACAACUACAAAGGAUCAACUCAAACCUUGCAAGUCAUCCGAUCAAGCCCAGCUGCGAUCAAGAGCCAAUUCUGUAUUCAGUUUUAUAUUUGAUAAAAUUUCAGUGCAUCAACCACGCAAAGAUGGAUCCAAAGGGUUUUCAUUAUAUAAGUUAUUGUUGUUAGAGCUAAAUUUGAAUUCGAAUGAUACAUUAACACUGGAGAAAAGUACUGAUUCAAUGAAUGAUAAUCAUUUUGAAGAAUUACAAAACAUGAUCAAAAUACCGUUUUGUCUUGAAAAAUUUAUGAUAUUCGGGCUCUUAGUAUGUCUAAACUCAUUUUUAUCAUUAUUUACAUUGGCACCUUUGAAAGUACUCAUCAUAUCAUCCCAAUCAGCAUACCAGUUUUUGACGAAGCAACAGACUUUUCAAUUUUGCCGCUUCAGACUAAUAAAGAAAGACGUUAUUACUUUAAGCAUAAUAAUUUUAUCCAUAGUGGUAUUGUCAAAUCGAAAAUUGGAUAUUUCCAGAAUGUACCACGACGUGCGAGGCCAAACAGAUAUAAAACUAUACGUAAUGUUUGGGGUUCUUGAGUGUGCUGAAAAGCUCUGUUCCUCAAUUGGUCAGGAUAUCUUGAACGUUUUAUAUGAAUCAUCACCCAAUAGAAACAUUUAUCGUUUUGCAUCCUUCUAUUUAUUGUCAACAUUCUAUUUGUCAUUCCAUGCAUAUAUUUUGAUUUACCAAACAGUCUCCUUGAAUGUGGCUGCUAAUUCAUACUCAAAUGCUUUAAUGACGUUGCUAUUAUCGAACCAGUUUUCCGAAUUAAAGAGUUCUGUUUUUAAAAAGUUUGAACGUGAAGGUUUAUUCCAAAUAACCAUGGCUGAUUUGACAGAAAGAUUCCAAUUGUCCUUAAUGUUAGGUAUUAUCGCGCUCAAGAACUUGCUUCAACUAAGUGUCACUGGGGGGUUGAUACCUAAUAGUUGGAAAAGUUGGAACCGUUGGGUUGGUGCGGUUUUUGGACCCAGUGUAGUGGUUAUUGGAUCCGAAAUAUUUGUUGAUUGGAUAAAGCAUUGUUUCAUUGCAAAGUUUAAUAAGAUACGUCCUAAAGUUUACAAGAAUUUUUUGUAUGUUCUGUGUUUGGAUUUCUUGGAGGUGUUUAAAGCUAACACCAAAAGCGGGAAAUCUUCUCACGAGUUUACUGAUUAUAUUGUGUUGACUAGAAGGAUCGGAUUGCCAUUACUAGCAUCCGUCGUUUGUUUCUUGAGGAUGAUUUUAGCUGAUUUAAAACAUAUUUUUGUUUUUCCCGUAGCAGGUUCAAAUUUCUACGCCAUAAUCACUAGUGGGUCAUUAAUUGUGCUUACAUUCUUCACGUUAUUGCUAACAAGAGUGAUCCUUUGUAUGUUGAUUUUCAAAAUAGCCAACGUGUUAGUUACUCAACACAAACAGCACCAAGAAAAAUUACGAAAGAAACUAAAUGAUUUCCGGAGUGUUGCUGCUACAAGGGAUUACCUUCUGGAAGGUACCCCAUCCCCUCCAGAUAAUAGAACAAAUGAUACUAGUAUUGACAUUAAUGACAGUGCAGUAGGAACAUAUCUAUCUUCACCACUUGGAUUAUCAUUUCUUCCUGGGUCACCAAAUACUGAACCUUCAACAAUAAACCCAACAACCCGAGCCCAGUUAUAUGAUGCCGAUGAAAAGAUCCCACCUACAAUUGAAGAAAAACGAAACAAACAACUACUACAAGGAGUGUUGAAUGAAGAUUCCUGGUGUAGUGAUAGUGGCGACGAAGGUUUAUCACAAGUUAUGAGAUACAAGAUGUCUAGUAAAAGAAUUUGGUAA